GGUGAUGUUUGAAGCGCACCGGAGCCUGGCACAUGGUCUCAACCGACGGAAGUUCUGGACUUGCCAAAAUUGUGUGUCACUCUUAGGCCCAAAAAUUAUGCUUCUUCGCUGAAAAAGGUGAAAACAUAGAGUUGGGCAUCCGUUUAAAAGAUUUUGAUAGUGGUCAUCUGCUUAUAGAUCAUGGCAGCAAGACCCACUUUCAUGGGCAGCUGAAUAGAAAUAUAACUUGGGGUAUGUCUAGAAUAAUCUGUUAGUUAUGAUAGAUAUUGCUGCACAGUCCUGACAAGCCAGGAACGGUCCCAUCUUACGCUUGAGCCCGGAAGUGUCUGCUGCAGGAAACAAUAACGACCUUGCCUGCCGCCGAGUCAGGUAUUCUGCCCUUGCCAGUUCGACACUACACGAUCAGCCACUGGCUACAUUCCGAUUACUACCUACCUGAUACAUUACUUACCUACUCAAAUCACUGUUUGCUCUGGUUUAAAACAUGAGUCUGUUCAUUGGCAGCAAAUCUGCUUCUUCUCGUCAGGGUAGUCAUAUUUACCGUGAUAAGCACCCUUCCUUUAGCUAUGGCUCCCGCAACAAGUAUCGCGGUCGCGACCCCAAGGUCUCUGGUGCCACCCUAGUUGAAAAUGAAGCUGGCGAUCGACCUCUCACUGGCACCUCAUUCUUAUUUGUGGUCAACGAACUCAGCAACAAUUAUGAGGCUCAGACUCACGGAAGCGAGCCACUUCGGGAUCAGUGGUUGAACUUCAUGCCCCCUGAACGCGCGGAUGAGUACUUGGAUGAAUGGCCGGGAAUGGUAUUCCGGUAUCUGCAGGAACCGCAAGGCGGCGUCAUCACUCCGGCUGAUGAGUAUCGGUGGUACCGCCCUGGCCGAGGACACGAAGGUCAUAUCGUUCGAGUCGAUACGGCAGGCAACAUCACCGGCCACCCCAUUAUUUGCCGUCAAGCGACCAUUUUCUCCUGUAGCAACCACCUACCCGUGAUUGUUGGGCCUGGUGACGCAUCUCUUGGUAACUCGAGAGUUGUACGCCAUGUCCUGGACAGCGACAACAUGUUUUACUGGAGCCUCCUGCACAUUAGCCGCUGGGAUGAUGGCUCCAACAUCAGUUAUGUCAACUCCGAGGGGCGAGGUGUGCCUUCUGUCGUCGGUAAAAACCCUUCUUGGAUUCCCUCGCUCGUUCCUCAGGUGUAUUCGAAUCCAAAUACAAACCUGGUGUCAGGUGGGCUGUCUGGUGACUUGUCCGUCUUGAUUGGGCUGAUGGCUUUCCACAGCAGGGUAGGAAGGGCGAGUGACGUGUUCAUCUCGCAAAAAUGGCAUCACAAUCGGUGGAUUGGAAGCCAGCACGCACCGACACAUGUGCCAAGAACCCAAGAGGAAAAUCCGCGCGGUUUUUUUGUCCAAGUGUGUCUGGACAAUCUGGUAAGGGGACUGGAGGACAGUGAUGAGAACAACAUCAGGGCUGAGGACUGCUUGCAGCAUGUUUUGGCACUGGAAUGGCACAGUGUUCUUGUUAGGGAGAACUGACCAAGAUCAAACUAGGUACUUUCGGGUAGCUUUGCACCAUUUAUUCGAGCCUUAUUUCAUGACUCCAAGUAGAGGGCUGAGCACCGGGUACCUAGUAAUCCAAUAUAUAUGGCGGUAUUGGUGAAUACACACAUAUUUUCUCUUGCA